AUGGUCCUUACCGAGGCAAUGAACCCCGAUAUGUUUGAGAUUCCUCCAAACUCAAACUGGACGUGUAAUGGGAUCACCAAUGCUGAAUAUCCACAGCGGGUUAUGAUCACUAUUAGUCAGGGCUUGCACCGGCCUGAGGUGCAUAUCAUGGAGGGCCAGGGCGAAGGCAUGUCCAUGAAAGUUGACGGCGGAACCGAUAAGCUUCAGGUGGACCCUGACCCAUACCCACGACACUGUACGUUACGAUUCCAAUUUCAAGAAAACGGUAACUGGCAAGACGCUCGGGUCUGGGACGAGAGGCUCUAUGAUGAACAACAUGGUGGACGUUUCACUGCCAGAACAGAGGAUUAUGGAGAUGGAGAUAGAAAUGACACAGUGUUUACAGCUCAGAUGAGUUACGGCUAA